CAACAUUUAACAAAUGCUACAGUAUUUUUUCUGGCACGACUGUAUCUUGGAACACGGCCGGCUAUGAGUGUUGGAUACGGAAGUUAAGGCUUGUUUCCUUUUCGUCUUACGAUGAAAUGCAUCUGGUAAAACAAAUGCUAAGAAACUUUCGAUACGUUGAUGUAGGCAAAGACACAAUUAAUACUAUAUUUAAAUAUGAUGAACCGGAUCCGCAUUAUUACUCCCAUAUAGGUUUACACAAGGUACGAAAUGGUAGAGGUGUAAUUGAGCAUAUGUGGGAUAACGGCUCGCCUUCAACAUUCGCGGCAUGGAAUAGAGAUGAACCUUCGUCCAAAGGGAGUUGUACACGUAUGUCCUUCCAUCUUGGGCGUUACAAUGACACUUGGGAAGUUGAGGACUGCGAGAGAGGACUGGCCAAAUAUUUCGUCUGUGAAGAAGGCAAAACUGAUACAACUAUAAGUAAUAAACAGUUAUUACCAUCGUUUUGUUAUGAUAACGCGGGUAUACUGUAAGAUUCUUGUUGUCGCUCUUGUCGCGAAUUAAAGAUAUUUUGCAAA